UUUGUUUUGAGGAACUUAAAUUUUACACAGGUGGCCUUCCACAGUUGUACGUGGGCACGAGCAGGUUCCAACUUAUUUGGUACUUACUGACUGUGUUGUAUAUCUGAUUGUCAAGAGCUGAAGUUUGAGAACAUUCUAAUGAAGAUGUGUUUUAGGAAGAUGAAACUAUUAAAAACUUGCUGUAUCGUCUCUUUUGUGACUCUGAUAACCUUGACUGUACUGCAAAGAAGCAGCAAAAGUAACCAGGAAUUACAGAAUGUCUCCCAGAGAUCCAGUUCUGCAGAGGACAAACUGGUUUCCACUUUUCUGAGUUUCUUUGCUCCCAAGGACAACUUUUGGAGUCCCCAAAAAACCAAGACCAUCGCCACAGAGACGCGUAUGGUAACAGCAACAAGGAGAGAGACCAAAGAUUGGGAUGUGACGAAUGCUAACUGCACUCCAAACAACAACUUCACUCAGACUGAAUGGUUCAAUGGCUUAGAGUCAAACUUUAAAGAGUUUUUACAAUACAGACACUGUAGGUAUUUUCCAAUGAUUCUUAACCAUCCUCAGAGAUGCAGAGGUGAUAUCUACCUUUUAUUAAUUGUUAAAUCUGUCAUAACACAGUAUGACCGAAGGGAGGCCAUUAGGAAAACCUGGGGCAAAGAAAUAGUGAUGGAUGGGAAGCAAGUUAAAACCCUAUUCCUUUUAGGGACUUCACCCAGUGAAAAUGAAAGGUCCCACCAUCAAAAACUACUGGAAUAUGAGAGCAUUAUCCAUGGGGAUAUACUUCAGUGGGACUUCUUGGACACUUUCUUCAAUCUCACCUUGAAAGAGGUUAACUUUCUCAAAUGGUUCUCCACAUAUUGUGAGAAUGUUGAGUACAUUUUUAAAGGUGAUGAUGAUGUGUUUGUCAGCACGCAGAAUGUCAUUGAGUUUCUUAAUGCACCCAAAAUUAAGAAUCUUUUUGUUGGCGAUGUCCUGCACAGGGCCAAACCAAUUCGCAAAAAGGAAAAUAAAUAUUACAUACCAGAAGCUUUGUACAAUCAAACAUACUAUCCACCUUAUGCAGGGGGUGGUGGAUUUUUGAUGGCAGGAACACUUGCAAGAAGAUUGCACAAAGUUUCAGAAAGCUUAGAGUUGUACCCCAUUGAUGAUGUUUUCCUGGGGAUGUGCCUGGAAGUGUUGAGUAUAACUCCCACUCAUCAUCGGGGAUUUAGGACUUUUGGAAUUGUGAAAAACAAAAGUAGUAAAAUGAACAAAGAACCUUGCUUCUAUAAAAGCAUAAUGGUGGUGCACAAACUGCUUCCAGCAGAACUUCUAGAAAUGUGGGAAGCUGUUCACAGCAGCAUUAGUUGCUCUCGAAAAAUGAGAGUUUCUGUAGGUACUUUCCCAAAACUGCUCCAAAGUUGA